AGUACACUCACGUAUCCCAAGGGGGGAAAUUCAACAACCCUUUCCCCUGCGUUUUGACCAUUAACCAAGAUUAGUAACUGUAGAACGAAUUGUAUCCUUUGAGCGGAAGCACAUACCCACACGCGGACUCCGGUAUUAAGGUGUGGUCUCAUGGGGACGGCGUGUGCAAGGCGCUCAUAUGUGAUACCCCAUGAACACAACACUAAAACCGGUGCGCCAUUGAAUACCAAUAAAAAUAAGACUUUAUGCCCCUUGGUUAGACACGGCAUCAUAAAAGCAAGCGACGCCCCCAGGCUUCUUCUGCACUUUAAUUCAACCCUAAGUAAAGACAAGUGUACAUGCAAAGAGGAGGCGCUUCUGCUGUGUAGUAGUCGUGCCACCCUACUGCGUCGGAGUGGGCGUGCCGGUUUUAAGGAUAGGUUAGGAAAUGCAACAACGUACAAUUGCGGAUGCACGACGGAUGCUGAGCAGCUCGAAUCCAAUUUAUUAUCAUGCUCAGAGCCAUUACCAAGUUGUACGGUGGUGGCAAAUCCGCUUCGUUGGAACCCUGAUGGUGGCAGCUCAACCAUCUCACCCCACAAUUUCACUUCCCAAAAACUUUCCGAAGGGUGCCUGUUUGGUCAGGACUAUCUGCAACUGACUCAUCUCUUUUUUCUGUCCACGGACGGCAGCGAUCAGGCAGAUAUGACGCCCAAUAUUGAGCAUUUGGUGCAUUCAACUACCCACUUGGGUAACCGCAUGAUUAGGGGUACUACCACUAGAGGUGCAAGGUCCUUCCCUGAAGAGGCAAACGAAGCCUCGGGCUUGGUGCUGCUAGAUCCAAAGGAUUCAUCGACUAUACAAGGAGCCUCCAUAUGGUAUGAAAAAUGGUUUGAGAAGUGGGCUUAUCAACGUGUUGAACGUUCUCGUCAAGGACUCACGUGGUAAGGGUGGGUAACAUGUACACCUAUGCAAUACCUUUUAGUUUACACGUGUGUUUAGUUUCCUCUGUAAAUCUAAUCAUCUUUGCGUGUUUCCUCGUCUUCCAUAACCCGAUGUGAGGCUGAGAACAAAGUGAUCCAUCUUUUUGUGAAAAUGCAUCUAUGAAUAU